AUGGGUACUACUCCAGUAGUGAAAUAUCCGGCAACUUUUAUAUGCCCCAUCACGCAUGAUGUCAUGGAAGAUCCUGUAAUGGAUCCAGAUGGUAACAGUUACGAGCGAGGAGCAAUUAUUAACUGGUUAUCGCGAGAAUCAACAUCACCCAUUACGAAAAAGUCAUUGACCGUUGCAGAUUUGGUACCAAAUCAAGCUCUAGCCGCCGCCAUUGAACAGUUUAAAAUCACUAAUAACAUUUCUAGGCGCACUCGGCAAGUUGCCGCUGCUUCAUCCACAGAACCGAUGGAUGUUGAUUUAAAUGUUCAGGUUAGUUAUUCUGAUGGUUAUAGUCACAUUUCUGUUCAACCACCCGUUGGAACACGUCGAUCACCGUGUGACAUCUGCUGCGUGGUCGAUACUUCGGGAUCGAUGCAGGUUGAAGUAGAGACGAAAAAUGAGAAAAAUGAUGUAGAAAAAUUUGGUCUUUCACAACUGGAUUUAGUCAAACAUGCUUUAAAAACAAUCAUUCUUAUUCUCGACAAAGACGAUCGGCUGGCACUCGUCUCAUUCAGUUCAAAAGCCACAGUUCGAUUUCAACUAUUGAAAAUGGAUCAAACUGGAAAACAAAAGGCACUGGUUGCCGUUGAACGGUUGGCUAUAGAAACGUCAACAAAUUUAUGGGAUGGACUGAAAACUGGUCUCGAUGUUCUUAGAAAAGAUUCAUCAGACAAAACAAAUUCGGCUCUAUUUUUAUUAACCGAUGGACUAACAGAUUGCGAACCACCAAAUGGACAUAUUUCAGCGUUAAAACGAUACAUAAAGCAAACACCAUUUUCAUGUAUUGUUAACUGCUUCGGGUUUGGUUAUUCACUUGACAGUCAACUACUAGAAAAAAUAGCCGUUUUUGGAAAUGACGGAGGAUUGGUUGGAACGGUGUUUGUUAAUGCAUUGAGCACUUUAUUGACUACAGUCGCCACCAACGUUUCGUUAGUAGUCAAGCUACCACAAAAUUCAACUGUACUCGAAACAGAAUAUACAGAAUUGUACGAAACUCAAAAUAUGGGAGAUGAUGGAUUGAAAUUCAACCUUGGAUCGAUUAUGUAUGGUCAAUCAAAAGAUCUGAUAAUUCCUUUGCCUACUUUGGAAAGUCAUUCUCCAUCUUUCAACGUAUCAUUGCAUUACACAUCCCCGUACAAAAAAGCAUUUAUCAGUACAAAUACAACACUGGUAGAAAAAAAGGACAAACUUGCCAGAGACAUUUUAAUUCAUCGUUAUCGUUUGGAAUUCGUUUCAAAAGUAAAAAAAGCAAUGAAUUUGAUGAAAUUUAAGUCGAUGUCCGAAGCUCUCGAGUUAAUUCGAACAUUUGAAGGACAAGUGAAGUCAUCCCCGGUUAAGGAUGAACCAUUUAUUGUUGAUCUGAUGAAAGAUUUGACUGGUCAGGUCACUGAAGCUAUUUCGAAAGCAGAAUGGUUUGAAAGAUGGGGAAAGCACUAUCUGCCAUCAAUAACACGAGCUCAUUUAUUGCAAAUCUGCAAUAAUUUCAAGGAUCCAGGAGUGCAACACUACGGUGGUGAAUUGUUUAACCGCGUUCGUGAUGAAGUGGCAGACAUAUUUGAGACGUUACCCAUGCCAAAACCAUCGGUUGCCAUACGAACAGAAAAGCCCAUUACCAUGAAUACCUAUUACAACGCUGCUGGUGGAUGCAUCUGGGGUGAGUGUAUGGUGACAAUGUCAGAUGGACGACUAAAAUCUGUGAAAAAUAUUCGACGAGACGACAUUGUUUGGGGAGGAGCGAAGGUCGUUUGCGUGGUGAAAAGUGUGUGCAAAAAUUCGCAAGCAGAAAUGAUUCAAUUUGAAAAUGGUCUUGUCAUCUCUCCAUGGCAUCCGAUACGAUUGAAUGGAAACUAUUGGCACUUUCCUCAUGAAAUUGACUGCGCUGCCUGUUCAAUUCAAGUUGAGGCGGAAGAGGUAUACAAUUUUGUUCUCGACAGUCAACAUACGAUGAUGGUGAAUCGUAUAGAAUGCGUCACAUUGGGUCACGGUUUUAAAGGAGAAGUUAUCGAACACGUGUACUACGGAACAGCAGAUGUCAUAAAAGAUCUUCAAGCUCUUGACGGAUGGAAAAGCGGUUGUGUAGUUGUGAAGCCCCAUCAAUUAAUUCGAGAUAAAAAACAAGACUUGUAA